AUGGCCGCUGUCUCCAAGACAUCCCGACCUCCGAACCACGAGCCAUUGUCAAACGAGGCCAGCUCUCAACCUCUCACACACAAAGCCAACCCCAACCCUACCAGUGCUAAUCCACGAUCCACCGCUACUACUACUACCACCACCAGCACCAGCACCGGCACCACCACCACUUCCAGCACUCCUCCUCCUUCUGCUGCUGCUGCUGCUGCAACUGCCACUGCCACCACCACUACAUCAUCAUCGACCCAUCCCUACUACGCUCAACAACACCAGCAACUCCAACAACAACAGGCGCCCUCGGUGAACCGACCGUAUUAUCGCUCUCAUCACCACUCGCCUUCUACCAGUUCCCUCUACAAACUUCAGCGUUCUGGUGGUAUCUUUGGCUUCGCUGCUGCUGCCUUUGACAAGACCCAGUCUGCACUCGCUACCUUCUCCUCGGACCAGUCUGUCCGCCAGCGCGCCUCCAGUUCCGCAUUGGGCCGCGCCUCUUUGACCCCCGACUCUGCCUCCGACUACUCUGCCAAUCUGGGUUCCCAAGACAAAUAUCCACGAUAUACGAGCCCCUCCAAUUACUCGUCCUCUUCCAGCAGCACCCUGAACAACAUAGAGGGCAAGUAUCCAAGCCAGGUGUCGCUGGUACAGGAUAUCCCCUCUCAGCCAUAUAGCGAGACCGAUCCGACCAGGCCCCUUCCCAUUCGAUUGCCGAGUAUCGAAAGCAAGAUGCACCAAACAUCCUCGCGGCUUCUCCGCAUGACGGAUGAUGACCGGCCGUUCACAAAGGUCAGUCCCAUUUCUCCCAAUUCCCGACCUGCUCGACGAGAAUCGCGCAUCCAGUGCCCCGGUCGCGUUCCCGGUCGCUUUGAUCGAACCCCGUGGUUCACAGAUGGCUAA